AUGGAGAGGAUGUCGCCUCGCUCGCCUGAAUUCCUCACAACCUUUGUCUCUGACAAGGAUAGUAGGAGAAGAGUCGUCCUUGAGAGCCAGUCGAGGUAUCGGGUUCAAAGUGCAGCCAUUGAUGAAACAAGAUCAUAUAGACAGCACAGAGACUCUUACUCGGGCUCAUCGGUAAAACGUCUUCGCUAUUCAGGAGCGGAUGAAGCUGUAGACCAGCCUUCGUCGCAUCGCUCGUCACGUGAGCUCGACUCCCUUCUUAUUGAAGCAUCAGUAUCAUCAAGAGGAGCACGGAGUCAUGAAUCCAUCAGAGAACCUCGGAGACAUCAUCUCCCAUCCCCUCCUCCAGAUGAACCUCGACAUUAUCGUCGUGGUCACGUUGAGGUCUUCCCAAGUGCUACGAGAGCACGAAGAAGUCGUGACCUCCAAGGCUUCGGCGCUUGGAGCGAUCACGUUGCAUUGCCUCAGCAGCAGCAACUCCUCACUGAGAGUGCUUACAACGACGAAGACAUUUUUCAGAGCAGGAGAUUGAGCAGAUCCAGUAUACCCGAUACACCACGGGACUGGCUGCUGCCGACUCCUGAACUCUCUCCCAUGCCCACGCACUACACGUUUUGUCCGUGCUGCGAGGAUGAGGAUUGUCGUAUUAACGACACAUGGCAUAUGGCCGGUAAAGAGAAGAUGCAUAUUCAAAUGGAGAAUGCAAUGGCAUACAUUGAGCAGAUGAAAUUUCACAAGUAA